CUUAACAGGAAAAUGCUGAUCAUAUUCCAUUUACUGCUGUUGCUCAGAGCGGGACGUUGCACAGAUGAUCUGAUCUUUGACACAAAGGUUGUUGGUGUUGGAGAUGAUGUGAAUUUGACGUGUACCCACCAGAAGUUGGAUGCCAAUACACGUUUAUUUUGGAUCAGGCUUGUUUCUGGAAACUUGCCUGAAAUCUUGGGAGGAACAUUUAGCUUUGAUUACAAUGAUGUUAACACAACUCCUCGCAUUACAGCAAAACUAGAGCCUGGAAAUUUUGUUCUGCACAUUAGUAAAACAGAGAGAAAUGAUACUGGAGUUUAUUACUGCAUAACAGUAGCACUACUUGACAUGAAAUUUUUGAGAGGAACAUUUCUGAGAAUAAAAGGACCAGAACCAGAUAUCACUGACAUCAUUCAAGUCUCUCCAUCUGAUCCAGUCCAUCCAGGAGACUCAGUGACUCUGCAGUGUUCAGUCCUCUCUGACUCUGAGAUGAAAACAUGUGCAGGAGAUCACAGUGUGUUCUGGUUCAGAGCUGGAUCAGAUGAAUCUCGUCCCAGUUUCAUUUAUACUCAUGGAAACAGUGGUGAUCAAUGUGCACAGAGUCCUGAAGCUCACUCUCCACAGAAAUGUGUCUACAGCUUCUCUAAGAACGUCAGCUCCUCUGAUGCUGGGACGUAUUACUGUGCUGUGGCCACAUGUGGACAGAUAUUAUUUGGAAAUGGAUCAAAACUCAACAUUGAAGCUCUGUGGGAUUUACAGACGGCCAGUACACUUCUGAUUCUGUUAUGUGCUGCUUUGGUUAUAAGUCUGAUCGUUAUUGCCAUCCUGAUUUAUCUCAUCAAGAAGAAAACUCUUGAUUGUUGCAAAGCUGCAGUUUCUCUGCAAACAGAUUCUGCAACAGCCAGUGGUAAUCAGAAAAGUCAACUGAGAGAUGAGGACUCAUUGGUUUAUUCUGCACCAACGUUCACCAGUCGGAAAGCUGGUAAAGCAGAGAGAAGGAGCACAAGAACAGCAGAAGGAGAGACAGUCUACACCGAUGUCAGGGCUUUACGAUAGAUUAGCAACUGCUUUCUUGUUCAUUACAGCUGAUAUAAUUUUUGUCUGUCACACUGUGGGAAAUCUACUGCUUCACAUCAAUGUCACAUCUGAUGUUGGUAACAAGAUUUUAUUUGAAUAACUGUAAAAAAAAAAUUGUCUAAUUUUGACUUUACAUUUGGUCCAGUUUCUUUUCAUGAGUGUAAGACUUUUUCACUUUUUAGUAAGUAUAACAGAUUUUGGUGAUACCCUCCAGCGUUAUGUGUCUCAUAUCUAUUUUCUAUACUUUCUUCACUUCUCUACAUUUUCUUCUUUACUAAAAUCUUCUAAAAGAUUUCUCAUGUUUCCACUCAAACAGGUUUUUUGAGAGAUUUAAUGUGACAGAGUUGGAGGGUUGAGGGACAUUUCCUGUCUGCCUCUUUUUUUCAACUGUCGUGUAAACUAGUUCUAUUAAAUGAAACUGAUGUUUGUGUACUAAUUAAUUAAUUUUAAUUAAUUAAUUUUUCAAAUUGCCUGCAAGUGAAGCACAUGGGGUCAGAGUCUUAGUCCUAGUCUAAAUGGUAGAUUUGAUACCUGAGUAACUGAGUAUAUUUUUUUCCAGAGCAUGUGAUUUUUACAUAAUGCUAUACUGUGUUGGAGGUGCUGGUGAACCUGGACAAAGUAGUGACAGGUCUAAGCAUGAGGGAAAAGAGCACUAAAACAUGCUGUCUCGUGCCAAACUGUUGCUGCUGGCAGGAUCUGUAUUGUGCAGUAGGCACUGUAGACACACUCUUGUGGUGACUCAGCUUCUUUCUUUUCACUCUCCCUGUGAACAAAUCAAGUGCUGCAUGCCUCACUCCCUUGGACUACACUCUGAAACUUCAGCAUUCACUGACCACCAACAGCUGGGCCUGAUGUCUUCAUUAUGAAGUUGACAGAUUCACACAGUGUUGUAACUCUGAAUCAAACCCCCAUCAUUUUUGGGAUGUAUUGAUGGCUAGCUUUCUAUCUUAUAAGAUGCAAAAUGUUAAUGAGGCAUUGUUGAAGCUGCUGAAAGCUGCUGUAUUUUCCUCUUCCAGCUGAUUUGAGAACUUUUGGACAACUACAUCAACUCUAAGAGGAUACAUUUUAUCUUCUUUAUUUUCUUUGUCACCAAAAAACUGUAAAACUGUAUAAAAAAUGUUGGACGACAGCUGCACAAAUUUAGAAACUGCUCUGUCUCCCUGGUCUCAUAGCUCUUUGUAAAGGUGUUCUGCAUGUUUGCCUUGAGAACAACAAGCAAAACCACAUGCAGCAGCUACACUGAAAAAAGAAAUGAGUUGUGGUUGGCCGUUUCUCCGCCCUCUGACCAACCACUGAGGCUGUUUACUCAGAACAGACUUGACUAUAGGCUUCGACAGGAUAUGUCAUGAGGGGAGAGCUACAUACGACAUCAGCAGGCUAAUUUUAGAUGAAAGCGUAUUGAAAUGGUUGUCUUAGUUUUACUUCCUUGAUAAGGUGUGAAUUUGAAGUACAAUGUCUCAAGAUGCAGCCACAGGACUCUACGACUAUAUGCGCCAGUGAUCUUAAAAUAUGCAGUCUUCAUAUUAGUUUGUGUUUUGCUUUAACUUUAAUGUAAAUACAUUGAUAGAUUAGCCAUUAAUUUGGACAGGCUGCCAAGUUAAUGCACAGAGUGAUGCACACUGAAACAGACUUUGACAAGUUUGUCAAGCCUAUUUGUCCGUAAUCUAUUCACCGUGGUACAAAUCCCUUGUCUUGCCACAUGGACCAGGGGCAACUGAAUGAUCAGCACCUCUCCCCUCUGACAGGCAGCUACCAAUGGAAAGCAUCAAACCCGCUGAAAAAUGGUCAUGACACAGCAAUGGCUUAGCAUUUGCGUAUGUGUCCGUCGCUCCUCUGCCCUUUACCUACUCCUGUUAGUUGAUGUGAUAUUGAUCGUAAUGGUACAUUUCUCUUUAAAUUGCUUAUCUUUUUUUUUUUUAAGAUAAAACACCAACAUCUACAUGAGGCUAAAACAGAGAGAGAGGACAGAAAGCCCCUUUGUGUUCACACCUUAGUUUGAAACUCAAGCCACAAAAAGUUUCCAUGCGUCAUUUGUUUUUCAGCGGUGUCUGUGAAUGUGUCUUUGGCUGUGUCUGUUUGUGUGCCAGGCUGUAGUGUGGACACAAAGACAAAGCAUAAAGUACAAAGCAGGACACAAAGCACAUGAUAGAAUUUGGAGAAGGACCUUUGUUUUAAAUUACGUUAUUUCUCCUGUGUCCACCCUUCUGUAGUUUUAACUGUGUCUGUGUAUUGUAUCAAGGGAUCAUUAAUUUAA